AUGAGUUCGAUCAGGUGCAUAAGUGUUUGGGUGGUGGCGCUACUGGCAGUGGGAUGUUUCGUCACGAUCAGCAACGCCGAUGACUCGAAGAUCGUCGGUGGUACAACGGCGGACGAACGCAUCCCGUAUCAGAUCUCGCUGCAGGUGUUGGUCAGCUCGUUCUUCGGGUUUGGUCCGAAGCGCUGGAUGCACAACUGCGGCGGUUCGAUCGUCAACGAGUACUACGUGGUGACGGCUGCCCAUUGUCUGGAUGGGAUGGACAUCAACCGGAUGUCGAUCGUGGCUGGGACGAACGAUCUGCGCAACGACAGCUCAAAGGGCACGCGGUACUACCUUGAGUCGUACAUGAUCCACCCGGACUAUAUCGAGCUGAACAGAAGCGAUAUCGGUGUGAUGCGCGUGAAGGAACCGUUCACGUUCAACGAGAAGGUGCAACCGAUCCGGUACUCUUCUGAUUUCGUUGGUGGAGGCGUGACGUGCUUGUUGACCGGCUGGGGUUACACGAUGCCGAUCCGCGUCGGUUCGACGCCCAAGGACCUGCAGGAGGCCGAACUGACGACGAUCACGAAUGAUCAGUGCCGUGAACGGGGCAUGCCUGUUAACCCGACCGAGAUCUGUACCUUUACGCGCGUUGGCCAGGGUGCUUGUGGGGGUGAUUCCGGUGGACCGUUGGUGUGCAACAACCAGCUAUCCGGUGUGGUGUCGUACGGAACGCGAUACUGUGGCAUCGGUGUUCCGGACGUGUACACGCGCGUCUCGGAGUUUGAUUCGUGGCUGCAGGAAAACACACAACCUAAUGGAAAUGCUUCGGAACCGAUGGUAAAUGCGCCCAUCUAA